AUGAGGACAUUUAGAUCACCAUUGACGGUCAAGUGGUUCCACAGGUGGAGAGCUGCCACUAGGGUAUUGUGCGAUAGGAGGUUCCCAACAAAAUUGAAAGGGAAAUUUUAUAGAGUUGCAAUUAGACCUGCUAUGUUAUACGGAACCGACUACUGGGCCAUUAAGGAAGUACAAGCAUGCAAGAUGGAGGUGGCAGAGAUGAGAAUGCUAAGAUGGAUGUGUGGGCACACAAGGUUAGACCGGAUAAGAAAUGAUGUUUUUAAGAAGAGGUUAGAAGUAGCUAGUAUAUCAGAUAAGAUAAAAGACAGAAGAUUGAGAUGGUUUGGGCAUGUGAAGAGGAGACAGACGAUAGAGCCAGUUAGAGUGGUUGAAACUCUCGAGGUAGAGGGGAGGAGGAGUAGAGGCAGACCCAAAAUUACUUGGGAUAAGCGGAUUAGGCAGGAUUUGCAAAGAUUGCGCCUCUCUGAACAUGGUCCAUGA